GAUAUAGUCCCAGAUCGUGACCUUGGGCCGCGAUCUCUCUCUCACUCUCACGCUCUCAUGGAAAACCGGGAGGGGCAGAAACAGCGCCGGCGGACCAAAAAUGAAAAAAAACAGCAGCGCCGCCGCGAGGAAUACUCUCUCGCCGCCGCGGCCUCCGACUCCGGCGAUGGACUCCUCCAGUCUAAGGCCGGAAGCGAAAGCAAGUUGACUGAUAUCCAGUUGAAGUCCGUUACGCAGGGAUUCCUCGAGUUGGAAAUCAAGGGUAUGGCGAUUGUAGACAAGCUGCCAGAAGAUGUGCUGAUGGACAUUCUGUCGAGGAUGCCAGCCAAAUCCCUCCUUCAAUGGAAAUCUGUCUCAAAACACUGGUACUCUCUCAUCCGAAACCCUAAAUUUAUCUCCCUCCACCACACCCGCGCCAAGCCAGGCGAAAUACUCUUCCUCACACGACAAGUCGGCGACAUGAUUCAAAUUGCGUGGACCUUGAUCGCCAGCCCAACCACGUUCGGAAAUAUAGACUUAUCUUUCAUCGAUCGAAACGUUCAACUCGCUGACUCUUGCAACGGUGUCCUCUGUUUCCAAAACGCCUCCAAAAUCGUGAUAUGUAACCCUGCUAUCAAAGAAUUCAGGCAACUCCAUUUACCCUUUCACCAAAAAGAACGUAGCAGCUACUUAGGGUUUACGUUUGAUCCCAAAGCUAAUGAUUAUAAAGCUAUUAAAUUCGUCACUCGUAACUGUUAUCCUUGUGAUAGACUGCCUUAUCCACGCAUAGGCGCAGCCAUGGAAGAGCAUUUCAACUGCCCCAAAACCGUGUGCAAGUGUAAGAAGCCUGUUUGUUUUCCCAACGUCUAUGUCUACGCCCUGAGUACCGAUGCCUGGAGACAGACGGAUGCGGUUGUGCCCAAUUAUUGUAUCUAUCAUGUUCCUCAGUGCUAUCGUUGUACGUCUUCGGAUGGGGUUUUCUACUGGCUAGCUCACGAUCAUGCUGCUGAUGCUAUGCAUAUUUGUGUGUUUCGCACAUCCGAGGAAUUGUUCGAAAGCAUACCCUUGCCCGGCAUCUUUCGCCUUAAAUUGUUGUCUAACCUUUGCCUUCUGAAGGAUUCCCUUGCUCUUGCUCUGUCAGACCUUCAUGGUCUUGGCUCCCGGCGGGUGGACACGUGCUUUGACAUAUGGGUAAUGGAUGAAUAUGGAGUUCAGGAGUCCUGGACAAAGAAGUAUACUACUGGACCCCUCUUAGGAUGUCAUGAUGCAUUGGGAUUUCGGCCCAAUGCUGAGGUUCUUCUGACGAGGCACAAUUAUAGACAGUUGGUGUCGUACGACCUUAGCGCUCACAACAUAGUAGAGUAUGACCCAUUAGUGAAUACGCCAGAAGCACAGUUGGUAAAUGAAGUCUUGCACUAUGCAGAGAGCUUGAUUUCAGUCAAGAGACUGACUUCAAAGAAGAAGAAAUCGACUUUGAAGAAGAAGAAGAAAUCGAUUUCUAAGAAAAAGAAUUCGAUUUCGAAGUGUUGAUGGGAAGGUGAUAAGUGGUACCAAUCAGCUUUUGGAUGUCUUCUUGAUAUUCUUCUACUCAAGCACCGUGCAAGUAGAAAGCAGUUAUUCAGGUUUGCAUGUUCGUUAAGAAGAGUGAAGGACUGGAUUUUCAAGCUAUAUCCAUUUUGUUUUUUUCUUGUAUUUACUUGGGUUUUCUUUCAAUAGAAUUGAACUGUGUUUGGGCUUCAUGACCGAAGCUAUUUUGAGAGGAAAAUGUAUUUGGUUGAACUUUAGACCAUAGGAUUAGCUGUUUGUCUUGUUAUUUUGAUUGUAAACAAUAGCUCGUGCAGAGCUGUGCCUGCUAUCUAUCCUUUUUUCUUGUCUGUGCUA